CCAAAAUUUCAUGUUUUUUCCCCUUGUUUGUUAAUUGUGUAUGCUUGUCCGUGAAUUUGUACUUGGUGUUGGGAUUCAAAACAUGAAUUUGCGGGUGAACCAAUGUUUAGAUAUAGGAAUUGCCCUAUUGUUCUUAAUUUCGAAAUAAAGGAUAAAAUAAAGAUUUGAAUGACUUGGGUUGAUUGUUUAGCUACCUAUUGUUGAUUGUGGUGGUGGAUUCUCACUUGGGUGUUGUGAUUGAUGUAGGAGGGAUAGGUACCAAACAACCGGGGGAAAUCAAAAGGAUUACCAAGUUGGGCACGCCAAGUGUUCGACAAAAUUCCCGAACCAACUUCCAAAGGCUUUCGACCCUCCAUCUCGCACAAAGUCGAACGAAAUGACGUCGCCGGCCAAGAAACUCUUAAAGACGGGCGAAACCACCAAAAAAGCCCAACCCAAGGAGAAGGCUCCGGCAAAGGGAAAAGCCGCACCACCACCAUCUCAGGUGCCGGAAGAGCAACAAACCCCACGCACGGGAAACGUGCAACUUGAGAUGGGAUCCCGAGCUAAUCAACACACCAUCCUUGACCACGUAGUCCUCGAGCCGGGAGAUGAGUUUUUGUACCUGAACGUCGAGGCCAAGAGAGAGUUUAUACGUCGCCAUAGCCGACCGUUUGUUCCAGAAAGAGAAUUAGAUAUCUAUGGCAUGGAAAAAGAAUCGAUUCGAACAAACUUUGAUCGUCGGAAAUGGGAGUACUUGGCCAGACGACCGGACGACUACAACGAGAAUCUCGUGAGGCUUUUCUAUGCCAAUGCCGGUUUUCACCCGGGGUCGGUGGUCGUUCUUCGAGACAAAGAGGUGCGCUAUGACGCCGCUACAAUCAACGAUUUGUUCCACAUACCCGAAGUCCCGACCGAGCCGUUUCAACAACUGAAGUUGGCAACGACCUAUGAGGAGCUGAUUCAGACUCUUUGCCCUAGGGGUUCGAAGUGGGAAAAAGGAGAGCACUGGUUUCGUCGGGGGGAACUGUCAAGAGAAGCGAAGGUAUGGAUGUACUUCGUCAGUAACAGGCUUAUGCCCACAAAAUCGACGGCCAAGACCUAUGCCCCACGUCUUACACUGAUGUAUGCCAUAAUGAAGAGGACACCUGUGAACGUGGGCGCGAUCAUACACUCGGAGAUCCGACGAUGCUUAGGUGAUACCUCUCUAGGUCUGAUGUUCCCUUCCCUCAUCACUACACUGUGUAAUCGUGCAGGGGUCCCCACAUACGCUGAUGACCGGCUCAUCAGGUCACCACAGCCGAUCUUCCCUUACCACAAGCUCCAGCCAGCGAGUGGGCCCCUAGGCGAGGGCGACUCAGACUUACCAGAUGCGGGUCCCUCAGGUGCUCAUGCGGCUCGACCACAACCAAGGGCCAGAAGAGGCAGACAAGAAGCAGAACCACAGCUCCCUGAGUAUGUCGGCCAAUGGAUGGAUGUUAUGGAGGAAAAUGUGGGAUGGUUCAAGAAAAUGAUGAAGGCCAUGGCUGCAGCGCUUCAGUGCAGGACCGAUGACAUUGUCGAGCCACGGCCGUUCCCACCACGGCCUCGAUAUGAUGUAGCAUCAACCUCCGCCGCCGACGAACAAGCACAAGCGGCAGCCACUACACUGGUGGCACAGGCCUGGGAGGAGUACGAGCGGGGACGACCGGAAGAGGAGGGAGGAGCCCACGAGGACGAUCACGACAACUAGGGGACGUUGUGUUUUCUAUCCCUUUUAUUUCUUAUUCUGCUUUUGAGCAUAGGGACUAUGCUAGAAUUUAAGUUUGAGGGUGGUGUGUGUUGAACUUGUUUGUUU